AUGUUACAGCUUUCUCAAAAUUCUGUGCAAACAAAGGAUCUCUGCGCCAAGUUACUUACCGAGCUACGAACACCAAUAACGUAUACCCGUCUUCAUACCAUUAAUUAUUGUUUGCCCAGUGACUACCACAUUCAACUCAUCUCAUAUUUGGAGUGUCCCGACUUGAUUGCGUUGCCCAAGAAGUGUGACAUUAAAAAGAUUGUACAAGAGACUUUGUGCCUUUCAAGGAAAUUAGUCAAACCCACGUUAACUCCACAAGUUGAUUAUAUUUUGAUAUCAGAUAACGCGUUUGACAUCAUUAGAACACUUUAUAAAACACAUUCAAUGUCAUUUGGCUCCCUCCCAAAGAUCGGUGUAGUUUGUCAAGACGGGAAAAUAAGUUACGAAAAGGACGUCCCAACAUAUAAAGUGAAAGUCUCUGGGAUAUCAGUCAUUUCAAAGGAUUACUUAGUCAAGAUAUCACAAUACACUUCCGUCGGCGAUUUAAUUAACUUCGUGACAUACAAACUGAGGGUCGAAGAGCAGUUCGCUUGUAUCCAACUCUUCUCAAAUAAAACUAAAGUCAUGGUAGAACCAGAGACACUCCUUUGUGACGUCGACUCGUUCGAUUUCACUUUGGUUUACACACGAAAGAAGAGAGCAAGUACCGUCGCCUUUGGCGUGUCAAGUACGGAAAGAUGUGAUUCGAAUAUUCAAACAUUAUUGAAAUCACCAAGAGCUUUUAGAGUCGCAAGUCCAAUCCAAAGAGACUUGUGGUCUUUUUCUCAGCUUUGA